AUGGAAAGAGCAAGAGCAUAAACAGGAAACAAUGUAUUUAAGAUAAUACCAAUCGCCCACUAAAAGAAAUAAACAUCAAGUGGCUUAGCAAUGAAACAAGUUUACUAGGUCAUAAAAUGGUACUAUAAUCCUGAGAUACAUCUUAAGACAUGGAAGUUAUCAGAUCUUUUAGUAGAUUUAGAAUAAUAAAUCUUAGAAUAAGAUGUAACUAGAUAGGCGAUCUUUUAUUCUACACCAUACAGAAAUACUUUCCUAAGCUUUGAAAUUGAUGGAAAAUUCUACAAUAGAGAAGAUUGUGCAACAACGCCUUUAGAAGGCUUGAUUGAGAAUUGCUAGAUAUUCAAAGUUCAUGCAAACUAUGGGCUUAAUGGAGGGGCAGGUGGAGCCUGUUGUACUAUUUUUUGA